UUUUGAGUUCUAAACUAAUCCAAAAUGGAGGGUUCUUCCGAUAAAUCCCGCGACGAAAAAAAGAUCGAAAGCAUUUUGUCCCAGCUUGUCACGCGCUACAACCAUUGUAUCAUGGAGCAUCCAAUAUUGACGAAGAGCGUCACAAGUGGCCUUACAGCUGGUCUUGGCAAUCUUGUCUCUCAAAAGAUUGUCAAACGUGGGACAGGUAGACUUGUUGAGUACCGACCCGUUAUAGCCUUUGCCGCAUUUGGGUUUUGUGCAACUGGUCCUCUCAUACACUAUUUCUAUGAGGCUUUGGACAAACUAGUACCUAGGCAGGUUUCCUAUGCAAAAGCCAAAAGAUUGUUUGUUGACAGAGGCAUAUUCAGCCCUGUGUUUUUGUUGGUGUUCUUUUAUGUUGUUGCAAUCCUAGAGGGGAAGUCUCAUAGAGAAGCAAUAAUGAAAAUACGCGAAACUUACUGGACGGCACUGAAAAUGAGUUGGAGAGUGUGGAUUGUGUUUCAGUAUGUCAAUCUCAACUAUGUACCCAGACAGUAUAGAGUUCUCUGUGGAAACCUGAUGGCAUUUGUUUGGAACAUCUACUUGGCAAGCAAGCGUGCACAGAAGUCAUAAUUCAUUAAUAUAGGGAUAUGAUUUAAUAUAAUAUUAUUACAUUUUGGGUUCAUCAUAUUUUUUUUUAGAUGCUCUUACCAAUGUUUUUGAUGAGUGAAUUGAAUGAGAUGAGAUGAUAGGAAUUAUGAUAUUAUAUUCAUUGACAUCAGUACUUACAUAAUCGAUGAUUUAAACAUAGAUCAUAAAUGUUUCAUGUGUUUUUGUUGUGUAUUAAUCCCAAAUGGUGAUUGUGACCUGUACACUAUUUAAGUGGUAGAUAUAGCUAUCUUUCAGGAAGCCUGUUUAUUUUUAUACCAAGUAAAUUAAAUGCUUUGUUAGAUAACGCUAAAGCCAAAACAAGUGAUAAUGCUGUGGGGAAAAGUUUUGAAUUUUUCGUUGAUCUGUCAAAGUUGGCUGAAAACAGAAUUAUAUAUACUAAGAGAACCUGCAAACUGCAGUUUAGAAGUCUGGUUGAUGCCUUCAUUUACACCUGGAGAAGUUGGUGGUCAUAUAAUUGUGCAUAUGUUCACUGAGCAGAGUGAUAGUAAUUUCUUACUUACCAAGCUUAAGGGCCAUACUGGGGGGCAUUGGCAUGAGGUUGUGGAAGUACUUAAACCUUAGUGCAAUAUUCCCCAGUAUGGCUCAAGCAAGUGAGGUUAGUAAGUAGUCUAUAAUGUGGCUCUUAAACCAAACUUGUUUAUUUUGAAUUUGCUGGCUUUUGAGAACAAAGAUACACGGCUUAGGACUGUUUUGUAGAAAUGGUUCAUUUGGCAAAAUUUUGACCAACUAUUGAUUUAUGUAAUAAUAUUUAAUUUUGCAUGACUCAUGCUUUAAGAUGAUUUCCAAGUAGCUGACUUGUGCUCAGUUGUCUUUUAUGCUCCUUUUUCCUGCACAAGUGUGAUGCACUCCUCUUUCUCCAUAGGAACCAAAAUUAUGUCUCCUAUACAAGCACUAAGUGCACAAUUAGACCUGUUUGUUUCAGUUAUGAGGAGGAACAAUUUUGUCACCAAAAAGUCCAGGACAUUAAAUUUUUACUCUGCAGAAAAUUAAAAUACUGGAAAGGUUUGAAGAUGUUUCUUUGAAUGAUCUGGAUGACAUGUUUUGAUUUUCAAGAACAUGCAACGACACCAACAACCAGGCUGGUCAUGAUUUCAGACUUGCAGACCAACAGUCCAUUUUAUAGUUACGUGCUUGGUUGCCAAGCCUUUGAACAGGAGUGAGGCUAUGGGUGACCUUGCUAUGAUACAAACUCUGCUGCUUUUCAAAUGUAAAUGGUUUUGUUAUCAUGCUAACUAGAUACUGGUCUCCAUCACAACAUGGUCAACUUCAGCCUCACUCCAAAUCAAAGGCUAGGCAAGUUAGUACACAGCUGUAAAAUGGCCUAUUAGAGACAACUUGGUAUCAGUCUAUAAAUACUUUUUAAAAAAUCACCUAAAUAAUUUUAACAAUUAUGUUUACAUAGCAUAGUUUGUGAGAUGCAUAUAUCUGUAUGGAAUAAUCUGAAACUUAAGCAUAAUACAGUAUGGGUAUAAUUAAA